AUGGACAAUAGCAGCUGGAAUUCCGACGAUCGAUGGCAGGAUUCCAACGAUUCGUCAUCUCCGGGCUCUAAUUUCGACUCAAGUGCAACAAGUGGUCUCGAGUUUCCCGUGUUGCCCUCAAUACCAUCUGGUAGCAUUGAUAUUGGUGCCAUUGCCCCUGUCUUUGGUGUCGCUUCAUACGAUGAUGAUGUCGAUUAUUUGGACUAUGAUAAAGCUGGUCGCCCUUUUAUGGAACAAAUGAGUGGUUCAUGUGGCACGGCCUAUUUCUCAGGCAUUAUUGGUGGUGGUGCUUAUGGUGCAUUGCGAGGCUUUUCCCGUUCACCCAGUACCAAGUUUAAAAUUAGGAUGAAUUCGUUAUUGAAUGGUGCUGCUACACGCGGUUCCAAAGCUGGCAAUGCACUUGGUUGUUUGGCUAUGAUCUACAAGGCUAUCGAGUAUGUCGCAGACUCGGCGGAGAUUGAAAACAUUGUCAAGUUUGAUCAAGUGACGCCCAUUUUAGCGUCAGCAGCUACUGGAGUGUUUUAUAAGUCGACAGCUGGUCCCAAGGCAAUGGUUUUGGCUGGUGCGCUCGGUGCUGGACUCAUGACGGUGGUGCAGCUUGGCAUCAAACCCUUUUAUCCGCGACUAUAG